AUGACAAGAAAGUCCAUGUUGUCGUGCUGUGUGUUGUGUCCGUUGGCCAUUGUGCUCUGCUGUGUGGGUGUGGCUUAUGCUGCUGCCCAGUUGGAAGGGUGGCAAAAGAGGGAUAUUGACAUCGUCACAUCUGUAGCAAAGAACGCUUAUAUUUGGAUUGUGAAGGCGGACGAGGCGUUUGCAGAAAUUGUGAAAGUUACAGACGAAUGCAAGUCUGUUGCUAGAAGUACUAAAACUGCCGCCAGACGAGCGGAGACGUUUGCCAGAUCUGUUGAGAGGUUGCUGAAGAGAGUGGAGUCAAAUCCACCCAAAGUGACCCAAAAGAGGGCAGAAGGUGAUGAAGUCAUUAAAGAAGCAAAGGAUGCCGCCGUUCUAGCAAGAAAUACAGCCAAAAAAACAGAAGAAAAAGCAGAUCAGACUUCUUUGAUAGGUGUGACUGCUAAUUCAGCAUCACAGAAUCUUGAUAGGGUUUAUACGUGGAGACUAAGGAAGUAUAAUGAAAUUCACCAGGAAACGGCGGAAAAGGAUUUCUUGAGGCAGAUGAAAGAAAGUGUGGAGAGCGUGUACCCUAAUAUAAACGAAAGCGAUUUGGACACAGGCGGACAAGAUGUCAUAUUCGCCUCAGAUACUGCCAAUUAUGCGGCAUAUAACGCUGAAAAGAGUGCAGACUCCGCAGAAGCUGCUGCUAAACGUGUGGAGGAGGCUCUUGAGAAACUUGAGACCGCAGUUCAUGCUCUUAAAAAGAAAAUGGAAGGCAGAGAGAGUACUGAAAAAGAAAGGAGUCCUGAGCAUUCCACAACAAUAACGGCUCCACCAGCUGCUGUUGGUGAGAAGAGAGUGAAGCAGCAAGAAAACACGGGGACGGGGCCAGAGACAAAACAAACAACAGAAGUACAGGAAGAAAGGACGGAGGCAGUAAACGGACAGGAAUCUGGUAGUGCAAACACCCCAACAAAACAGUUAUCUCGCUCUCCUCGUGGCUCUAAUGAUGGUGAAACGUCUGUCAAUACCCUUCUUCAGAAUGCUGCAUUGACGAAUGGUAUGGCACUAAAUGACGGCAGCAGCACCCCUGCGUUACUGCGUGCUCCAUUCCUGUUGCUGCUGCUGCUGCUCUCUGUGCUGGGCUGCAUGACCGUGUGCUGA